AUUUUCUUCAAAUUUUCAAGAUUUCCAUGGAGUUCGGUGUAAACAUUUCCUGAUCAACUUAUUCGAUGACGCACAUAAAACAAGGUUAGCUUGAAAGUGUAAGCUUCUUCCAGUCAUAAUGGAUCCUUUGUACAUGGCAUUGAGCCUGUUCCGCAGGAGAAAGUUUGAGGAAUGUGUAACGGUCUGCUCUCAACUUUUAGAAAAGAAUCCCUAUGAUCAGGCUGCCUGGUCCUUGAAGACAAGGGCUCUGACUGAACAGGUGUACUUAGAUGAGAUAGAUGUGGAUGAAGAAGGCAUUGCUGAGAUGCUUAUGGAUGAUAAUUCAAUCGCUCAAGUAACACGUCCAGGCACCUCUUUAAAGAAACCUGGUACAGGUUCAGGGGCCCCCAGUGCAGGAAUGCGUCCUACAUCUCAAUCUGGGAGGCCCUUGAGUGGGUUUGUAAGGCCAGGUACACAGAGUGGAAGACCAGGCACUAUGGAGCAAGCUAUCAGAGCACCUAGGACUGCACACACAGCCCGCCCUGUCACCAGUGCGUCAGGCAGAUUUGUGCGCCUUGGAACAGCUUCUAUGCUGUCCACACCAGACGGUCCAUUCAUCAACAUUCCAAGGUUGAACUUUUCAAAGUAUGCUGCCAGACCAAACCUAGCCAAGGCCUUAUUUGAAUACAUUUUCCAUCAUGAGAAUGAUGUGAGGAAUGCAUUAGAGCUAGCAGCCAAGGCUACUGAAGCGUGUCAAUUCAAAGAUUGGUGGUGGAAGGUUCAGCUUGGAAAGUGUUACUACAGGUUAGGGUUGUACCGUGAUGCUGAGAGUCAGUUCAAGUCGGCUAUGAAGCAGCAAGAAGGCAUAGAUGUCUACCUCUAUCUGUGUAAAGUUUAUGUGAGGUUGGAUCAGCCAUUGACUGCUGUUGAAAUCUACAAACAGGGUCUGGAAAAGUUUCCCAGUGAGACUACUCUACUGACAGGCAUCGCCAGAAUAUAUGAGGCCAUGAAUGACCUGGUGAAUGCAGUGAAAUACUACAAGGAUGUGUUGAAGCAUGAUAACACACAUGUUGAAGCUAUAGCAUGCAUUGCAAACUACCACUUCUACUCUGAUCAACCUGAGAUAGGGCUAAGAUACUACAGGAGAUUACUGCAGAUGGGUGUAUACAAUGCAGAACUAUACAACAACCUAGGUUUAUGCUGCUUCUAUGCACAGCAGUAUGACAUGACACUGACGUCAUUCGAGAGGGCGCUAUCACUCUCUGGUGAUGAUGCCACCACAGCUGACAUCUGGUACAAUGUUGGUCAAGUUGCAAUGGGUAUUGGUGAUACUGGCUUAGCUCUACAGUGUUUCAGAUUGGCUCUUACAUCAAACAACGACCAUGCAGAGGCUUAUAACAACCUAGGAGUAUUGGAGUUACGCAAAGGACAUGUCGACCAGUCGAGAGCAUUUUUCCAGGCAGCUCAGAUGCUAGCACCUCACAUGUUUGAGCCACACUAUAAUUUUGCAUCACUUUCAGAUCAGGUUGGUGAUCUACAGAGCAGCUACGGUUCAGUGAAGAAGGCAGUAGAGUCCUAUCCAGAGCAUUGUGAUUCCAUGGAGCUCUUCUCUCAACUCAAGAAACAUUUUGCUUUGCUCUAAGAGUAUGUUGUUCCAGUUUAUCUAUCGACAUGUUCCUUCGAGAGCUUACCGGACUGAACUUGUUGAUGUCAUAUUGGAAGACUUUGUUGUAUAGUUGGAUAACAAGAUAGUGCCUCUGCCCUUUCAAGGAUUAAUUAACCACAGGAAUAUUUUGAUGGUUUAGGUUGUUGCUGUUUGAUGGGGAGUAAAUGUAAGGCCAUUUAGAUAAUUCUCUUCUUAGCAUAUGUGCUUUCAUUCAUCUUCAGUUUGUAUCUGCAUGUCUGAUAAUGAAUGCUCUCAGUCAUGGUCUCUCAUAGAUGCCUUCAUAUUGGAGCUUUUAAUCAGGCAACAGCUACAGGAUAUAGUUUCUUUUUUAAUCAAUGACACCCCCUCAAGAAACCUUGUAUUCCAUUUGAGAGGAGACUGGACUUAUCAGUUUUUAGAUUUACAGGAUACAUAGGAUGUGUACACUGUGCAGGAACAAGGAAACCCAUAGUCUGGUGGGAGCUGUAUAUUAGUUAACGUACACUGUAUAUGAAGUACACCUUCAUAUUGAUGGAAAUCUUCAGUCGGUAUGCAGAUUGUAUCGUAUUCACUAUCAUCUGUCACUAUUUAUCACCUUGAAAAUGAAGUUCCUAAUUGUUCUAGUUCUUAAUUAAAUGAAUUAAUGAUUGAUUUGUGUAUUUAAAAUAAAACAUUUAAAAGAUUUAAAUUGGUAUCUUGGUGAUUUCCUAUUUGAACAUUAUUCAGUGAUAACAGAAAGGCUAUUCAAUAGAGGAUUGUCACAUCAAAUAUAUUUUUCAUAUCAGGAUAACGAAUGGACAAUAGACUUAUUUCACGUUGGAAACAGUUUGCCAAGUUGCCCAUUUUGAUAUUCAUGUACAUGAUGGAUAUAUUUGCUAAUUGGAUGACAAUAUACCAUAUGAUUGCUAUAAGUUCAAAUUAUGUAUAUACUGGUAUUUAAAGAAUAUAUACAAAUUGCACUGAUAAUUGGCCCAAUGCAUUUUAGGAUCCUCUUGUAAAUAUCUACUGUAUUAUUUUAUCAUGACACCAUGUAUUUUUGUGUGCAAUCUUGAUAUAUAGAGCGACAAGAAAUUAGACAUUUAUUUAACGUGAGCAAUUAAAAAUUGCCAAAUAGUGAAUACCGGUAUGUUUAUGAAGAAAACUUGUUUCAAUAGAUCAUUUAGAAUGGUAAG